AUGUCCAACAGCAGCUCCAUCAGGCACUUCCUCCUGCUGGCACUGGCAGACACGCGGCAGCUGCAGCUCCUGCACUUCUGCCUCUUGCUGGGCAUCUCCCUGGCUGCCCUCCUGGGCAACGGCCUCAUCAUCAGCACCGUAGCCUGCAGCCACCACCUGCACACGCCCAUGUUCUUCUUCCUGCUCAACCUGGCCCUCAGCGACCUGGGCUCCAUCUGCACCACUGUCCCCAAAGCCAUGCACAAUUCCCUCUGGAACACCAGGAAUAUCUCCUACACUGUAUGUGCCACACAACUCUUUCUGAUUUAUUUCUUCCUUGGAUCAGAGUUUUGCCUCCUGACCAUCAUGUGCUAUGACCGCUACGUGUCCAUCUGCAAACCCCUGCACUACAGGACCCUCCUGGGCAGCAGAGCUUGUGCCCACAUGGCAGCAGCUGCCUGGGCCAGUGCCUUUCUCAGUGCUCUCAUGCACACAGCCAAUACAUUUUCCCUGCCCCUGUGCCAUGGCAAUGCCCUGGGCCAGUUCUUCUGUGAAAUCCCACACAUCCUCAAGCUCUCCUGCUCCAAAUUCUACCUCAGGGAACUUGGGCUCAUUGCUGUUAGUUCCUGUUUGGUAUUGGGUUGUUUUGUGUUCAUUGUUUUCUCCUAUGUGCCGAUUUUCAGGGCUGUGCUGAGGAUCCCCUCUGAGCAGGGACGGCACAAGGCCUUUUCCACCUGCCUCCCUCACCUGGCCGUGCUCUCUCUGUUCCUCAGCACUGUUAUCUUUGCUCACCUGAAGGCCCCCUCCAUGUCCUCCCCAUCCCUGGAUCUGUCAGUGUCACUUCUGUACUCGGUGGUGCCUCCAGCCCUGAACCCCCUCAUCUACAGCCUGAGGAACCAGGAGCUCAAGGUUGCAGUGUGGAGGCUGAUGACUGGAUGGUUUCAGAAACAUUAA